AUGUUGAGAAGAUUAGGAGUUACAUUACGCAGCGGAAUCCGUUCAUCCAAUAUCAAUUACAGUUCCAAUGGGGUCAUCACCAGAUUGUAUUCCAAUGUCUCACCACAAGCCAAUCAAAAACCACAGCAAGAUGACAAUGGCAUUGAAUCCUUCAAAAGGAAUCAAACUGAGUAUCUGUUUGGAGUAAGAGUUGAUCCUAGACAGCAAAAAGAACACUUGGAACGUAUUGCAAACGAUCCUAGAUUGAAAGGGCUCGAUCCUAAUUCUCCUCAAUAUCGUUACCAAACCCAACUUAUCCACAGGGAGAUUGUUGGUAACAAUACCAAAGAUCAAAAGAAGUUUGAGCGUUCUGAAAGAUUCAAAGCUAUGGUUUUUGGAAUAGUCCUUUUGGUGGGAAUUGUCUCUGCUCACCAGACUUUCAUGCAUUGGGAGUAUUUGAAAGCAAAAUUCACGCACAAAUAUUACUACAAGGAAGUUGCUGAAUCUCAAGAUAAAGUGAACUCAGUAGACGAUCCUCUGAGAAAUCUCAAAUCAACAGAAAUGAUGGAGAAGAAUCUUCGAAAGGAGAUUUCAGCAAUUGAAAAUUUGGGCUCCAAAGUCAUCGAUAGUCGUGAAAAAUCGGGUUUAUAUUUGUUUGGGUUCGAUUGGACUCGUUUGCCUGCUAGAUUGAACUACUUUGAUGGUAAGUUCAUAAAGGAUGUCAAAUUGUACCGUGACUUUGUUGUUGUGGUGUUGGAGAACGGUGAAGUUGCUACCGUUGCUAAUGAUCAUAAAGUCACCCCUCUUAAUUUGCCUUUUAAAGUUGAAAAAUCUUUGGCAUCAGGAGAUUAUGUUUAUUUCUUGACAAACAAGGGCAAUAUAAACUAUAUAACAGCUGAACCUAUUCAACAAGUAUCAACUAGAACUUGGUACGGGAUGUCACAUGCCACUACUCCAUACAAAACUUUGGAAACCAAUGCUCCAGUGUCAGAUAUCUCAUCUGGACAAUCUCAUAUGCUACUUUUGACCAAGAAUGGAUCUGUGCAGAUUGUCCGUACUUCCGAGAAGGGAGCUAAUGUUGGUCAAUAUGGAAUACCUCAAUAUUCUCCCUUUGAAUCAGAGUCAAUGCCAAUAAAUGUCCCCCAUGAUAUUCAACUUUUGAACAAAGAAUUAGCAUUGCAAUCUAAUGGUUCUAAAUACAUUCGUACAAGACAAUUUACCUCCAUUGAUAGUGGGGCCAAUCAUAAUGUUGUCUUGGAAUCUAGUGGAGCUGUAUGGACUUGGGGCCAGAAUAAUUACGGCCAAUGUGGAAUUGAUGUUGCCUUUACGACAAACUCUCAACCAAUUCCUCGUAAGGUUAUUGAACCAAAUCAGAAUUAUACAGUCAACAGAGUCUUUGCUGGUGGUGAUACCACUUAUUUGAAGUGUGCUGAUGACCGUAAUAAUCAAGAGUUCAUUCAAGCUUUUGGAAAUGGGCUUGUGGGUCAAUUGGGCGUUAGCAGAUACUUGCAAGUAUGUAGUCAACCAUCGACCAUGAAGUCAAUUACAGGAUUGAGUGAAUAUGACGAGAAGCAGAGGAAAGUUGUUCCUAUUGGUGUCAAAGAGCUUAGUGUGGGUACUUCCCAUUUCUUUGUCACUUUAAAUAAUUUAGGGAACCAGAAAGAUGUCAUGGUUGGAGGAGACAACUGCUGUGGACAAUAUGGUAACGGUAAAUUAGCCAAAUCGAGCAAGCCUGUUUAUAUACCCAAAUUGCUAGAGCCCAUUGAUUUGGACGAGAGUACAAGGGACAUGAGUAUCUUGAGUAUGAAGUUGAAUGAUAGCACAGUUAAUCGGAUGCUGCUUCUUGAUGGAUACCGAUUAACUGGAGACAAAGUAAAGGUUGAGCAAGUGAUUGCUGCUGGGGAUAACAAGUCUGCUUUGUUCUACAAACGUGUUUAA